ACGCAUAUUGAGAAACGGCCUUUUUUGAACAAGCGUCAUGUUUACUGCUUGUAGUUCUUGUUUAAAUUGAAAAUGUAAGGUUAUUUUUAAUCAUUUCCGUCGUGUUUCAUAUACUGCACAAGAUUCAUAAUUUGUGUAUGUCACUGAUUAACCCGUUGUUGAAACGGGGCGUGAUUUCAGCCCGUGAGUUUCGUUUCCUCUCAGAGAGAAUAAAUGACGGGCUGAUCUGGAGUCAGUGUCAGACACUCACUAACUCCACACAGAUCGACUGAUGACAGAAUCAUGGCUGAAGAAACUCUCCUGAAGGUUUUGUGUGGGAAUCACGGAGCGAUGGACUAUGAGCGUCUUCUGGACAUUUCAUUCGGCCUGACGGAAAUAUCUCCGCAGAAUUCCCUGGAUAAAAUCCUCCUCCAGAGCGACAUCUUCACCGUCAUUCAGCGAAACCAAAGUAAAGAGGUUUUCGCCCAAACUAACGUCGAAUUGUGUCGAAAGACAUCGUGUGACGAACUGUGUGAAAACCUCCAUCUGUGUAAAUAUGAGCUGUUGAUGGGACGCUGCAGCAGGCACGGCUGCCGAUUUGGACACCAGCUGCUGUCCGAGCACAACGCGCGGAUCCUGAGAGCGCAUCACAUGAUCCGUCUGAGCAGAGAAGACCUGCGUGUGAUAUUACUGCAGUCCGACAACAGCCUUCUGCCUCCCGUGUGCGCGAUGUUCAACCGAGGCCGAGGGCCGCACGGGAACUGUCCCGACGGAGAGAAGUGCACCCGACUGCACGUGUGCGUGAACUUCAUCAGAGGACGCUGCGAUGGCACCGACUGCGGCAGGUCACAUGAUUUCCACGAGCCUCGUCUGAAAAAAGUUCUGUAUUCCAGAGGAGUGUCGCAUCAGCUGAUGGACUCCCUUCCGUUCAUCUACCGCAACAUUCUCGCUCUGAAGACUCCAGCGGAGCGCAGGAACACGGAGCCGGUCCGAUCUCGUAGAAUCCUGCCAGAGACUAACGCAGAGAAUGAGAUCUGCCUGUCGUUUGUCAGAGGCUUCUGUGGAGACGAUAAAUGCAGCAGAACACACUUUAAAAUGCCCUAUAAGUGGGAGGUGAAGGUGGGCCGAACAUGGCACGACUUACCCAACAGUGAACAAAUUGAGCGCGAUUAUUGUGACCCGUCCAACAUACACAGUUCUGGAAACGAGUCCAUUUGCUUUGAGGAAAUGACUCUGGGUCUGGAUGAGGUCCGGCGUCUCUCUACAGAAUCCUCUGCGCUCCUUCCCGGCUUUGUCCUCGCCACCUCCUGGAUCUGGUAUUGGAAGGAUGAGUACAAUCGCUGGAUCCAGUAUGCAUCAAUAGCAGAGAUGCACCGACUGUCUUCAGUCAGCAGUGAGCAGCUGGAGCAGAAAUAUCAGGAGUAUUUACUGCAGAAUCAGGAGGACGCUGGGGUCAAGUUCAAUGCGGGACAUCGUUUCUAUGAGCUCUGCUUCACAGACAUGAAACAACGAAAUGAAGUGAGCGGCACAGAGAGACCCGUCAGGCGACGGCCCGCGUUUGUUUCAUCGGUCGAUGUCCAGAGGGCUAGAGCGAGAUGUGGCGGUGCCAGCAAGGCUCACUUUUCUAAAGGUGUUCCUGGAUUUUGGGACCAAACUGCGAUUCCUGACUCUGGAUUUCAGAGAGUCCGUCUCCCGCCGUCUCACAGAGAUUACGUGAGAGUCCAGGAGCGCUUCAGUGAAACUCUGAGGGGUUUUACUGUCCGACAGAUCGAGCGUGUGCAAAACAGAGAACUCUGGGAAGACUUCAUGAUAAAAAAAGAACAAAUGAAAAUUGCAAACAAAAAUGAGAAAUAUAGCGAGCGGCUUUUAUUCCACGGCACCAGAUCCUCUCUUGUCGAUGGCGUAUGUCACAGAAACUUUCAGGAGUUUGAUGCUUCAGCUUACGGAAAGGGGAUUUAUUUCUCAAAGGAUGCCAGGUACUGGGACGAGCGGACGGACGGAUUCGCAGUGAGGCUGAUGUUCGCCUGCAGGGUGUUGGUCGGGUACUACGCCAGAGGAGCAGCUCGCUUUCGUCACCCUCCGGCCAGAAACGCUGAAGGAAGUCUGUACGACAGCUGUGUGGAUGAUCUGCGUCACCCGUCUGUUUUUGUGGUGUUUGACAGGUCUCAGAUCUACCCAGAGUUUCUUAUUACCUACGAGGAGAAUAGCAAGUUUGAGGUGGAGCGGUCGGGUGUUAGCGCUUGUGACGUCUCUUUCGCUCAGGUAAACGUAAAAGAAACUCGUCAAACCUCCAGAGCCACAGAACCAGAGCAAACCUCAGUCAACACCAACUGGGCCAGCUGCACAAGCUCACUGAGAAUCACACCGACAACAGGUUCUGCCAGUUCACUCAAGGGUCCAGAUUCUGACCCAGAACACACUUCAUCCUCCGGAGGAGGAACAGACUCUCUCAUUACGGUCUUAGGUUCAACAUUAGACACAACUGUGGGUGUCACCACUGCACUUCCUGUCUCAGCUGAACAUAUUUCCACUGCACUUCCUGUCUCAGCUGAACAUAUUUCCAAUGCACUUCCUGUCUCAGCUCAAAAUGCCUCCCCUGUACUUCCUGUCUCAGCUCAAAACACCCCCACUGCACUUCCUAUCUCAGCUGAACAUAUUUCCACUGCACUUCCUGUCUCACCUCAAAUUGCCUCCACUGCAUUUCCUGUCUCAGUUCAAAACACCCCCACUGCACUUCUUGUCUCAGCUGAACAUAUUUCCAAUGCACUUCCUGUCUCAGCUCAAAAUGCCUCCCCUGUACUUCCUGUCUCAGCUCAAAAAACCCCCACUGCAUUUCCUGUCUCAGCUGAACAUAUUUCCACUGCACUUCCUGUCUCGCCUGAACGCGUCUCCACUGCAUUUCCUGUCUUGGCUGAACGUGUCUCCACUGCAUUUCCUGUCUCAGCUGAACAUAUUUCCACUGCACUUCCUGUCUCAGCUGAACAUAUUUCCACUGCACUUCCUGUCUCAGCUGAACAUAUUUCCACUGCACUUCCUGUCUCGCCUGAACGUGUCUCCACUGCAUUUCCUGUCUUGGCUGAACGUGUCUCCACUGCAUUUCCUGUCUCAGCUGAACAUAUUUCCACUGCACUUCCUGUUUCAUCUGAACGCGUCUCCACUGCAUUUCCUGUUUCAUCUGAACGCGUCUCCACUGCAUUUCCUGUCUUGGCUGAACGUGUCUCCACUGCAUUUCCUGUCUCAGCUGAACAUAUUUCCAAUGCACUUCCUGUCUCAGCUCAAAAUGCCUCCCCUGUACUUCCUGUCUCAGCUCAAAACACCCCCACUGCACUUCCUAUCUCAGCUGAACAUAUUUCCACUGCACUUCCUGUCUCACCUCAAAAUGCCUCCACUGCAUUUCCUGUCUCAGUUCAAAACACCCCCACUGCACUUCUUGUCUCAGCUGAACAUAUUUCCAAUGCACUUCCUGUCUCAGCUCAAAAUGCCUCCCCUGUACUUCCUGUCUCAGCUCAAAAAACCCCCACUGCAUUUCCUGUCUCAGCUGAACAUAUUUCCACUGCACUUCCUGUCUCGCCUGAACGCGUCUCCACUGCAUUUCCUGUCUUGGCUGAACGUGUCUCCACUGCAUUUCCUGUCUCAGCUGAACAUAUUUCCACUGCACUUCCUGUUUCGUCUGAACGCGUCUCCACUGCAUUUCCUGUCUUGGCUGAACGUGUCUCCACUGCAUUUCCUGUCUCAGCUGAACAUAUUUCCACUGCACUUCCUGUCUCAGCUGAACAUAUUUCCACUGCACUUCCUGUCUCAGCUGAACAUAUUUCCACUGCACUUCCUGUCUCAGCUGAACAUAUUUCCACUGCACUUCCUGUCUCGCCUGAACGUGUCUCCACUGCAUUUCCUGUCUUGGCUGAACGUGUCUCCACUGCAUUUCCUGUCUCAGCUGAACAUAUUUCCACUGCACUUCCUGUUUCAUCUGAACGUGUCUCCACUGCAUUUCCUGUUUCAUCUGAACGCGUCUCCACUGCAUUUCCUGUUUCGUCUGAACGCGUCUCCACUGCACUUCCUGUUUCAUCUGAACGCGUCUCCACUGCAUUUCCUGUUUCAUCUGAACGCGUCUCCACUGCAUUUCCUGUCUUGGCUGAACGUGUCUCCACUGCAUUUCCUGUCUCAGCUGAACAUAUUUCCACUGCAUUUCCUGUUUCAUCUGAACGCGUCUCCACUGCAUUUCCUGUCUCAGCUGAACAUAUUUCCACUGCACUUCCUGUCUCGGCUGAACACGUCUCCACUGCAUUCAGUAUGUAUACUAAUCCACUGCAGAAGUAUUCAGUGAAGACUGAAGAUCUGAGCAUGACGUCUCGCUCCAGUGGAUCCAUGUCAAGCUCCUCAACGCUUUCCUCUCUUCCAUAUCACACAGGAAACUCUCCUGGAGGGACAAACCCUCACAAACCUGCAGUGGAGAAGAAGAAAUGUGUGGUCAUGUGAUCCAUUACUGUAAUCAUAAUAUGCGUUUAGCACAAGAGUUGUUCUAAUAUUUGUGUUUCGACUGUUCAUUAAAGCAUUAUCAGUUGAGUUCAAAGUUUAAGUUAUUUAUUCAAAUGUUUUAGGAUAUCAAGAUGUGAAAGUUUAUCCUCAUGUUAAAUAUUAACCUGUACUCUGACACUCUUGUUACGAUUAUUUUAGACCAGAUUAUUGUUUAUAAAAGCACUUCAUGUGUUAUGAACAGUUGUACUGUUACUCAAAUCAUUUAAAUCUGAUUAUCAGUCUCUGAUUUGUGUGUGAAAUCUGAUGCAGCACUAUUAUGGUGUUCUGGGUGAUGAUGCACUUUAAGAGUAAUAAACACAAAAAUACAAAGAUAAAA